UAGGAUAGGGUGCAUAAAUUUUAUCAAAUCUUUCUUAAUAACAACACAAGUAAAUCAUAUAAAACAUCAUUAUUUAACACGAUUUCUAGUUCCUGUUGCAUGAAUGUAAUUGCUGGGGAACAGCUGGAGAAAUGGACAGAAGAAAAGUUUUGCAAAAUGAAGAAAAUAACACAUCAAACCGUGACAACUCAUCUUUAAACUUAGGGACAUCAAGUCCUGAUUUAACCAGAAUGAUGACACCAACAUUAUCAGAUGAUAAAACAGACACACUGAGCACAGACAUUAGUUUAGACUUCUCUUGUACAGAGAUGUCAAAAUUUGAGACCGAUUCUAUGUUAAAUGCAACUUUUAAUCCUGAUCGGGAUAUAGACAGAAGCCCUGAUACAGCUUGUCUACAACUUCAGUCUCCUUCUCCUUUAGAUUUAUCAAUCACCACAUCAUUUGAAAAUUCUUUAUCAGACUGUGGGGUGUCGUGUUUUGAUUCUGAAAGUGGAGGAAAAAAUGCCUAUUCAUUUAGCAGCAAUGUAAAUUCAACUGAAUCAGAUACUUUUGUGAAUUUAGAUGAAGCAUUAACAAUUGAUACUUUGUCUAAACCAGAUUUAUCAAAGGUUGUUCCUUCAACAUCUGUUGGGAUCACCCAUCCGCCAGUUAUUUUAGGAAGUAUAGGUGCAGCUAAUUUUGUGACAGCUGUUUUGAAUAAAAAUAUGAACACUUCAGAAUCGCAAGUACCAGUUAUAAACAAUAUGAUUAUUCCACCUACUUCUUUAUCUUUGACAACUCCAGGAAUUUUAGUUCUGAAUCCAUGUGCAUUAUCUAGUGGCUUAGUUAAUCUUUUUCCAUCAAAUAGCAAUAAUAAUAGUGUGGACUUGGCAAGUAAUAAUAAACAUCACGAUAACACUUCUGCCUCUAUUAUUGAUAUGUGUCCAGGACCUAUCAAAUCCAUUCUAUCUUUUCUGACAACAAAACCUCAAAGUACAAAAACAAGUGUCUUUACCGCUUCGUUUGAUCAAAGCAAUACAUUUAUUUCCCAAGAUGCAUCCCCUUCAGGGUUGAUUUCAACAUCAAAAUUGACAGAAAACUGUACAAAAUUACCUGACAUUUCUGAAGUAUGUAUUCUGCCACUCGAAUCUGAACAUUUGACUAUAACAGACGCUGAAUCUGAAUCCGAUAAUAAAAUGGAAAAUCAUGAAACCAAUUUAAUAGUAGAAAAAAACAGUGAAUAUAUCCACGAAGACAACGGUGUCUCUCCUGCUAAAAAACCAAUGUUGAUUAAAACUAGUGUAAUUGAUGUAUCAGAUAUUAAGGAUACUGAAAUGGAAUCAGAUGAUGACUGUACCGAUAUUUUAAACUGUGACAAUAUAUGUGAUGAAGUAGACGGUAAUGUGAUCACAGCUGACAAAACAGAUGAAGUUGUCAGUGAAGCAAGCAUCAAAGUUAAUAAGAUGUUAACACGCCAAUCAAACAUUCAAAAUGAAAGUUUGGAAAUAUCUGAUAAACAAAGCACUUCAAAAUCUGAAUCUGAAAAUAUUUCAGAGGAGCAAAUCAAUUCUAAAGAAGUGUCAGAACCAGAGAUACAAAAUGUAACCAAAAAAAAGAGAACAAGAUAUAAUAAUUCUGAGAGAAAAAUUAAGAAAUCUGUUAAUUUAAAGUGUGAUUUAUGCAGUGCUACAUUUUCUAAAACUGGUAAUUACCAUAGGCACAGAAAGAUACAUACCAUUGCAACUGAGGGAGAAGAUUGUCGUUUCGCUUGUAGUCAGUGUGAUCGUAAAUUUUUACAGAAAUGUGAUUUAAAACGUCACAUGUUGAUACAUAUGAAAAAAGAACCAUUUCGCUGCGAAGUUUGUGAUAAAGGUUAUAUUCGACAGUCAGAUUUGAAAGUUCAUAUCAGAUUUCACACAAGAGAAAGAACUCAUGCCUGUGAUACUUGUGAUAAAAAAUUCUUCCAAUCAGGUGAUUUAAAUCGUCAUAAACGUCGUGUUCAUGAUGAAUCGGCUGGACUAGUUUGCGGUCAUUGUAAAAGGAGCUAUGCCAAGGAGACAACGCUUAUUCGUCACAUGCAAGACAACCAUAGAAAUCUUAUAUUGAAGUGUUUGAAUGACCGAGUAAAAACUUGAGAAAGAGAACUAUUGCUAAUAUGAAGAGGUGAUGAAUGUGAUAUGUAAGGGAGAUAACUCCAUAAUUACAACACUAGAAUUUAGGAACUAGACCACCCAAAAUAUUCACCUCACUGGCUGUGAAGCAGUUUCUCCAAUUUAUGUUCUGCCCACCCCUCCUUUGCAUGGCAAUUUUUGUUAAGUUUUUGGUGAAGAAUUGAAGAAAAGGGUUUGGAUUUACAUUGCUACCAGGUUAGGGUUGGUUAAUAUUCAUAUUUUGACACAGAAGAAUAAGAGUUAAGAGGUUGGUUAUGUUAAAAUGGAUGACAGACACUUACAUGUUACAUCUCAAGAGUUCCAUGGGCAACAUGUCACAUGAUUUUGGGCAAGAUGUUGCCACAUGUUGCUCCAAUGAUGAAGUCUAUGGAGAUAUGUGGCUAAAGAUCAAAUAUAUUAACAUUACCUACCUUAAACCACCAAGAGGGCACAUUUGUGUAACAUUUUGAAUAUUAAUAGGUUAAAAAACAAAAUAUAUACUUGAGCUGGGGCUGCUGAUUACAUUUGUUGCUGUGUUUGCAAAUUUAGAAGGUAUAAUGUGUUUAAGUUAGUUGUGUGUAUCUUGCGGCUAAUAUUUUAGAUUUGCCAAACCCAUUUGUGAAUCCAUAUGCUAAAAUGUACUGAAAUUGAAUAUUUAACAUUUGAUAAUCUCCAGUCUUGGAUUUAAUUUGAUUGAAAAGAGGCCAAUCAAAAGACUUUAUACAUCACUAAGGAUUCAACUUUCACAAUAAUGUAGUUUGUAAGGUAUUCCAUAUCCCUCAAAGGACAUCUUCACCUUUAAGAGUUUGUGUUCAAGUGACACAAAGGGGAUUAAAUAUAUAUGAAUGUACAUGUGUUUUAUUGGCUGGAACCAGUUUUUAUUAUUCAAGAAUAUAUAUGUAAAAUCCCAUUGCAUGGUUUUAGUGCAAGCAGAACAUUCUGUUUUAAAUCACGAUUGAAUCCAAGCUGCGAGAUUGUCUAGCCUGAUCAAAUGAUCAAUCCAAGUACACAUUAACAUGGAUUAAGCCAUGAGAAAUUUGAUAUUUUAGCAUACAAUGCAAAUGUAGCAUCGGUACUGAACAAAUUGUCAUUACAGUUUUUUCUUUAAUAGAAAUGUAAAUAUUUAGAAAUGUAGUAUAAUUUCUGUGAUAAGUGAUAGAAUUUUAAUUAACUUUUUAUAUUAAGGUUCUGAAGAUAUUUAGAUUUAAAUUAUUGGACAAAAUUUAUGAAAUAUAUAAAUUUAUAUCCAGGGUGAAUUGAUCUUCAUCGGCCGGAAUACUCAUUUAAUUCAUUUUUCUACACAUUGUUUAGACGACACGUUUAAGUGUUAUUUAUAACCAGUAAAAUAUGUCAUCACCACUGCCGUGACUGGCAUGAUUAAAAUUACAGUUUAUCUUCAGAUUGUUUCAAUGGCAUUUAGUAAUUGAACGUGAAUAUACAGAUCACAAUUCUAUGGAAUACAAUUACUGCUUAUUACUGAGCGACGUUUCGACUAGGCUUCUCUAGUCAUUAUCAAGCAAUGAUAAAAUAUAGCAAGACAAUAUAUACAUGUAAAAAUAGAUACUUGGUUAAUGCUGACCAACCAGAGACACCUUUUAACUAUACCUGCAUUGAAUUUACAUUCAUGUACAUAUUUUCCUUCUGUUUUUUAUUUGAUCGAUGAUUUUGACUGCCACAUCUCCAUACUGAUGUAUAUCUUCAGUAUUAAAGAUUGUCACCUAAGCUCCAGGAUGUGAAAUUAUCUUUGAAUCUGAGCCCAGAGGUUAAUAUACUGUACAUGUACAUUUAUCAAUCAGUAAGCUGUCUUUUUGUUAUUACUAAAUAGUAAUAUGAUUUCUUUCAGUUUAGAUUACCAUUAAUUCACAUCUAACCUCACUGUCUAGAAUCAGGAACCAUGAAACUUUCUAUCUGUAUACAUAGUUGAAAAAAACAUCUAGAGGUGAUUUGAUGGUUUGUAGUAAUCAUGUCAGAAAUCGGUGUCGAUAAAUUCAUUGAUUAGGGUAAUCAAUUUGAAUUAGAUGGACGUUAAAGAUGAAAAUUUGAUUGAAUCCAAAUCACUUUGGCUAAUCAGUGGUCGAUAAAAAGCCUUUAAUCAUAUUGAUAUAUAUGUUAAACCAAUGUUUUAAAGAUGCAUUAUGUAAGAUUUAGAUAAAGCGUUGGUCGUUCUCACUAUAAUAGUUCAAAAAUAAAUAAUGAAAAAUAAAUAUAUGUAUUGAAUAUUUCAAUCAAAUUACUUUAUUCUAUGCGAAAUUAUGUGUGUUUGAAGUUUUAAGCAAAUGUAGUGUAGAUGGUAACAACUUUAUUCUAUGCGAGUGUUGUAAAUUUUAAGCAAAUGUAGUGUCGAUUUUUUAUUAUCGUAGCAACCGUACUUGAUAGUCGAAAUUAAGUCACGAUUAUCUUUUUUGUAUCCUUAACUAUCUUAAAUGGCUACAGUGUUCUGAUCUACUGAAAGUCUGAACCCAGAGUGUUGAUUAUGGGCUGUCAUGUUAAUAAAUGUUUAAAAAAUAAUUUAUAUAACAUUUGAAGCCAGAAAAAAUAACUGCUGUAGGCAGAAUUAGCUCUUACUUAAAGAUAAUGCAUCUUUAAUUAAAUAAACUGUAUUGUUUUGGAUAUAAUGUACAUGUAGGCCACCUUGCCAGGGAAAUAUAUAUGAAUGAUAUAUUUUGUGUUCGAUAAUUAUGUAUUAUGUACUUGUUAGUUUAUAGUAUUUACUACAUAUUGUUAUAUAUUUGUUAUUGUUUAUUAUAUAUUAAA